UUUUUCCAGCUUUGUAAAAUACAACUUGAUCUGCAUUGCGAAUAUCUGCUUUCACACACCCAUCUGAAAUUCUGCUGUUCUUCUGCUUGGUGAGAAGGCUGGGAAACUUUGAAAGCUUGCAUGUGGCACCGUCAGUCUAUGUCAGCUUUUGGACCUGAUAUUGGUGGUAGGAUCAUGCGGCAGGGACGAAGCUACAUCGGGGUCCUCGCUCCAGUUUUUCUCCUGGCCACUUCCCUUUUGCUCACUCACACAGCAUCUUACAAACCCGUCAUUGUCGUCCAUGGCUUGUUCGACAGCCCUUCGGAUUUUCGGCUUUUGCUCCAGUUCAUCAAUGAGACACAUCCGGGAACCAACGUAACGGUUGUCGAUUUGUUUGACCGCACUGAGAGCCUGAAACCUCUCUGGAUACAAGUGGAGGGCUUCAGGCAAGCUAUUUACCCUAUAAUGCAGAAUGCUGCUGACGGCGUCCACCUCAUCUGCUAUUCACAAGGCGGACUCAUCUGUCGUGCCCUCCUCUCCACGAUGCCUGAUCACAAUGUGGACACGUUCAUCUCUCUCUCGUCCCCACAAAUGGGACAAUACGGAGACACCAAGUACUUGAAAUGGCUUUUUCCUCAGCACAUGAAGUCCAAUUUGUACCGUGUGUGCUAUACACACGUGGGCCAGGAUUUCUCCAUCUGUAACUACUGGAACGAUCCUCAUCAUCGGGAUCUUUACCUCAACAACAGCAACUUCUUGGCUUUGCUGAAUGAUGAGAGACUCCACCCCAACGCAACUGCUUGGAAGGAGAAUCUCCUGCGGAUCCGCAAGCUAGUUCUCAUUGGGGGUCCAGAUGAUGGGGUGAUCACGCCGUGGGAAUCCAGUCUUUUCGCCUUCUAUGAUGAUAAUGAAACAGUGCAAGAAAUGAGGUAUCAGCCAGUCUACCUACUGGACACCUUUGGUUUGAAGACCCUGGAUGCUCGUGGCGACAUUGCUUUGUACGUGGUGCCUGGCAUUUCGCACACAGACUGGCACUCCAACCGCACGGUGUACGAGGCCUGCAUUGCCAAAUGGCUGACGUAGCUAAGGACGACAGCGGACAAGAGGCGAGCGAGUCUUCAACUGAGAUGUGCUCCUUUCCUUCGUCUUGGCAUUUCUCCUCCCUCCGGGCAGAAACUCAGUUACGUGUAGCUUUUUCUAGAAUGACUGAUGUUUUCUUUCCUAGUGGAAGAAACUUUUUUUUCUGCAGGAAUUUUUGGUAGAUGCCAGCAGCUGGGAUUUUUGAGGGGUGGGAUUGGGAAUUUUCAGGUGUGGAUGGAUGCAAAGUGGAGGAAUGGGGCCUUUUGUCGGGUCCAGAGCUAUAAACGAGAAGAGCAAUACGGUAUCAGAUAAUUGAGGUGAGCUGCAGGAUGAGGUAGAUGAAAAGUCUGGCAAAAGCAAUCAGGUAUCAUAUAUUUCCCUGUUCCAAACCCUGGGCAGAAAGUGAUGUCUGCAAACUGACAACUUCUUGAAUUACUUUGCCCCAAAUUUGGAAAGCGUCUUUUAAAUGAGAGGUGGGUUACAAGUUGUAUGUUCAAACACCAGUGGCAACUGGCACAACCCAACCUUGUUUUGAAGAGGAAGAUCUCUGAAAUGCUAGCAAAAAUUACUCUGGAGAAAGCUUUCAUUCAGCCCUCUUUUUGUUUUGCUUAGUUUGUAGAGUUAAGUCUGUUGUUCUGUUAUUAUUUGAAUCCUUGUCUGGACAUUUCACCAGGAAACAUGAGCCGGCUUGUAUCUUUUUUACCUCAAACUCCGGUUCUGUAGCAUUUUCAAAACCAGGGGGAAAACUGUUACCACAAAACUAUUAUGGGAGUUGUAGUUUUAUGAGUGCUGGUGCCUCGCCAAACUUACAACUCCCAUUAUUCUAUAGCAUUUGCCCAUAGAAGUUAAAGUGGUGUCAAAUUCCAUUGAAUCUACAAUGUUGAUGCACCCAUGGUUCAGCAUCCCAGGUGAUUGUAACUUUUAAGGUCUCUUUCCAUAACGUAAUUGAAAGGAACCUCAAACUUUGUUAAUGGCUGAGUUACUGAAUUGAUACUAAAGGCAAUAUGUAUAUCGGAAGCACAUUUUUAGAAUCUCAGGCUGGCAGCAGAAAACCAGGUUAGACAUAGGAAAUUCAUAACCUGCUCUGACUUCCAUUUUUUCUAGAAUAAUGUGUACUUUAAAAGCCUCAUACUAGCAGAUAUGGGGUGAUUACAUUGUAGUAGCACUCUACUAAGGUACUCAUACUAUCUCUUGGAGGGAAAACCUCCAAGUCUCACUGUUACAGUAUUAAUUCCUUAAUUUUUACAAAGGUACAACAGGAAUAGGACUCAGGUUUACCUUUAGCCUCUCCAUUGGGGGUAUGGAAGUAGAAAUCAAGGAUGCACUGCAAGCUGAGUUUGGUGAGACUUCUUAAAAUGAAUGAGAUGUUCCCUAGCAGCUCUCCCCAAUCCAGUAUCCUCCAAGAUCAGUGUUUCUCAACCUUCCUAAUGCCUCAA